UUAGCCCAUCGGCCAUUACGGACUCUGAAAGUUCCGGACGCUUCUAUAGUUCCUCAGGAAUCAAAUUCCAUUCUGCAGUUUCUUGAUAGAAUCGAAAUUAUAAUUCGAUUGUUUUGAAGAUUGAUUAUUGCAAUAGAUUCAGGCAUUAAGGAACCUGGUCUAGAGGAGGUUAGAGAUGGAUUUGGAGACAGAGAAUAGAAUAGCUGCUAUUCUAUUGAAAGAGGCAGCAGAGCUGCGUAGACAAGCUGAGAAGGAGGGUGUGCAUGCUUAUGUUGAAAACCCAACUGUUAGGAGUCGUCCCAAUUCACGUUUCUUAAGUGCAACUGUUCUUGGUGUGCAACAAGCAAAUCGUGCUGUUGAGGUAAACGAGAUGUGGCAAUUAAGGCAGAAAGAGCUAGAGCUGGAUAAUAGGCUUAGAGGAACAAGAAAUGAAAGUAAGGGGGGAAGUGGCAGGGGUGUUUCUAACCCUUCCGGAAGUACAAGUAGGGAAUGCUAUAACAAUGAGUCUCAUGCAAGUGCUUCAUGUUCAACAAAGAAAAGAGCUACACGGGAGAGUCAUCCAAUCAAGGAUGAUGGUCUAAGGGAUGAUGAGAUAGAGGAAUUUCUACAUGCAAGGAUCAAGAGAGGCAGGGGUGCUGUUGGAUCAAGGAUGGAUGAAAAUGGUCCAUACCUUCCGUCUAGUUCAAAUUCCAAGCAAAAAGAGUCAGAAUACCACGAUGCGGAGCUUAGGAAAAACCAUAUUUUGCUAGGCCCUGAAAAGUCUUUUUCAUUGGAGUCAGAUGACGAAUCUUCUGUAGAUAAGAAAAAAAGGGCAAAGAUGUCAGGCUCAAGCAAACAUCACUCUAAGAAACAUAAAUCCAAAGAAAAGUCGAAGCAUAAGAAGAGAAAGAGGAGGGAUGAAAGAAAGAGCAGGCAUGACAAAUGAUGGUUUUAUGCUUGACCUUGUGUUGGGCUGUCUUUGGCUUUACAAGAGAGAUGUGGAACCAGAAAUGAAUGGGCUUAUCCACCGAUUGUUAUUUUGUGUGUCAAAUUCUAAUGUUGGCCCACCUGUGUUAUUAAUGAACAAGUAAUCAUAUUGAAGAUGAGCUGCAAUAAAACGAUUUGAAGCUUGAGAGGCUGCUGCGAAAUAAUGAUUUAGUCCGUAUGUAUGACAUGGGAAGGAUAACUCGCUAUCAGAGCUAUUCCCACUUUGUAUGCUUGAAAUGAAGUAUUUAUGUGGACCAUUAAAGUUGCUAUGCUCUUCAAGAAUCAAGACUUUCAGUAAUUUUGGUGGUUUCAGAAUCAAACAACCAACUUCAAGUGCAACUGCACAAGAAACAGAAUAAAGUUAUCAGUUAUUUAAUUGUAACUUGGUUAUCACUUUCAUUUCUUGUCAAAGAAAUUAAACGGGCGGCCUUA